AUGCCAUCUAACAUUGUCAAGGGAGCAAUCUCUGUGUCGCUAACUGGAGUUGGCACUAUGGGUAACAUCUUUGUUUUUGUGAAGUACAUGCUCGUAUUUGCAGGAAGUGAGAUGAAACCUAUACAUUUCAUUCUCGUCCAUUUGGCUGUUACAAAUACCAUGACUCUGCUUUCCAAGGGAGUGCCAGGUACCUUAGCAGUUUUCGGUGUGAGGAACUUCCUAGAUGACACAGGGUGUAAGAUUGUUGUUUACAUGCAGCGGGUGGCCCGGGGCCUCUCCAUCUGCACCACUGGUCUCCUCACAAUGGUCCAGGCCAUCACCAUGAGUCCCAGAACCUCGGGGUGGAGGAAACUCUGGCCUAUGUCUGCGUGGCACCUCCUUCCCUUGUGUCUUUUCUUUUGGAUUCUCAAUUCCUCAGUAGGCAUGAACUUACUCCUUUAUAUCACAAGUAUAAACAAGAACACAUCAAAAGGGAGCAUGAACCGUAGUCCCUGUUUUUUUCAACCAGAAAACUCAAAAGUGAAAUGGAUAUUUCUCAUGGCCAUGGUAGGACGAGACAUCGUGUUUUUGGCUGCCAUGGGCACAGCCAGUGGUCACAUCAUCUUUCUUCUCCGCAAGCACCACCAGCGUGCUCUCUGCCUACAGAUCUCCAAGUCACUCCACAAAGCUGCCCCUGAGAUCAGAGCCUCUAAAAGUGUGAUCCUUCUGAUGCUCUGCUUUGUUUUGUUCUAUUGGACAGAUUGUGUCUUUUCUGUAUUUAAUCAUUCUUUCCUUGAGAAUAAUUUCAUUUUAUUAGAUGUUUGGAAUUUUGUGACCCUCGGUUAUGCUAUUGUCAGCCCAUUUGUGCUGAUUCACAGAGAUGUACACCUGACCAAGUUCAGGCGAGCUCUGUGGAACACAGCAAGCACUGAAAAGCUGCGUGUUCCUUCAUCCUUUCCUUGGGUAAGUUCGAAGUAG